AUGGAGUUUAAGAUGUUGUAUGUAUCUACGCUUAUUAUAAUCAGCAUUUUACUUACUGGAUACUCUAGUGAUGAUUCGUGCGAAAAUGACAAUUGUUCGUCUUCAAUUGAUAUCCCGCUUGUUUCAAAGCUUAACGCACCGUUAAAGGCAGAAUUAGACAUAUCUAGUCUAACCAAACAGCUGAGAGCAGUUAUACAAAAGGAGGUAAAAGUGGUUGUAUCUAAAGAGAUGAAAAAUCUGGUGGAAAAUAUUUUGGAAAAGAGGAUACAAACUGCCUUGGACAAUUUGGGGAAAUCAUACACUCUUACACUGUCAACUUUUAAACAGAAGAUAGAAGACGGAACUGUACAAUUAGAAAAAUUAGUCACUGCUGUAUAUAAUAAAACAGAAGAUUUUGGCAGAAAGUUAACUGAAGUUCAAAAAAAUACAUCGAAGAAAAAUGCACUCAUAAUGUCAAAACAGAACAUACUUGCAAGCGACAUCAGUUCGUUGACUACAAUAGACAAUAAGCUGAAGGUAGAAAUUGAGCAAAUGAAAGAAAAGCAAAAGUUAACUGAUUCAAAAUUAUCAUCAUUUGUAACAGACGUUAAAAGUAACACUGAUUUUGCUAAAGGAAAACUAGCGAAAGACUGCAAUGACGUACACAGAACGAUGAACAAAAGUGGAGUUUAUCAUAUCUACCCUACUGGAGCCCCAGGAUAUAAAGUUUACUGUGAUAUGGAUACAGACGGCGGAGGAUGGACAGUAUUUCAGUAUCGAUCUGGUGGAGUUGUUAGUUUUCAUACGAAACUUUGGGAAGACUACAAAAACGGAUUUGGAGAAGUCAAUGGGGAUCAUUGGUUAGGGAAUGACCGAGUUCAUCAAUUGACUGGAUUGGGAAACAACUUUCUUAGAAUAUAUCUUGAAGACUGGGAAGGAAACAGUCGUUAUGCUGUUUUCAAUAAUUUUACUCUCGGUGAUGAAGUCUCAAACUAUAUUUUGACAUAUGGUGCAAACAGUGGUACUGCAGGAAACAGUUUGGCUAAUAAUGUGAAAUUUACAACAGCAGACAGACAAAAUGACGGUCGUCCGAAUGGAGCCAAUUGUGCAACGGAUCAUUAUGGAGGACCGUGGUGGUAUAACUAUGGUUGUGGUUUAUCCGAUCUUAAUGGAGAGUAUGUUAAUGGUGGUAAAGGUUUACCAUCUGGACACGGCUUGUUUUGGAAUGGUUGGAAGGGAGUUUCCUACUCAAUGAAAGUAACAAAACUGAUGAUACGGAAGAAAUGA